AUGUCCCGGGCAUCCAAGCUGACCCUGGCCGCCACCGGCCUGGGCACCGCGGGCAUUGUCUAUUUUGUGCACUGGGCUCAAGAACAAGACAGAGCGGCCAUGCAUAGAGGAGUGGAGCGAGAUAUGGAAAAGCAACGUAUCCGACGGGAGCGACAGGCCGAUUUCGAGAUGCAAAAGGCCCUCGAAAAGGAAUACCUCAAACUUCAGACCGUUCACAGCACUACCGAUGAUUCGAAUUCAAGUGGAAACAACGCAAAUUCAGGAACAUAA